UCCAGUCGGGCGCGUGCAGCUGGAAAACCGCGACGCUCGUAUGCUGUGUGGUGUGAACUUGACACCGUAGAACGAAGAGAAACGACUCCAACAGUGUAAAAUCACUACCGUGUGUGUGUGCUGUCUGUGGAUCUGUUUUGCAGCAUCGGCAAAGAGAAGAAAGAAGGCAACAAAAAAGGACUGUUCCUGUUGCGUGUGAUUUUGGUGCGUGAUUUAUGCGGCUGUCGUCGUCUGUAGAACGGUAUCCAAAUUUUCAAUUUCACUUUCACGACCGAGCGGCGGGGUCGUCGUUGUGGAAAGCAAUUUUCGCUGCGAAAGUGUCACUGUCACCUCGCUGGCUGAGUGUGUGAGUGUGUGGGUGAGACAGAGAGGUAUGGCAGAGGCGCAAGUGAGCGAAACGGUGCUGCGCUGGAUUACCGCCCUGAACUGGAGCGCGGCAGUCGGGGCCGACCUGCUGACAGGCGGGAUGACGACGGGCCGCGAACAUCAGGGCGGGCUGACGAUGAUCGGCUACUGGGAGCGCUCGCUCAAGAACCUUUCCACCGAGCAGCGGACCGUCUUUACCGUGUUCGCGAUCAUGGUGAUGGUGAUGGCCAUCUUCGGCAACAUCGUCACCAUCAUCACGAACGUGCGGCGGGAGCAGCGGCAUCUGCUGCGCGUCUGCAUGCUGUCGCUCGCUUUCUCCGACAUCGCGUUCGUGAUCGUCACCUCGAUCGUGUACCUGUCGCAGUUCAAUACGGAGUUUAAUUCGCUCUGGACCCUCGGCGAGCUGAUGUGCACCUUUUCGCCGUUCGUGCAGACAAUGGCGGUGCUGGUGAACAGCAUCACGCUCGUCGCGAUCGCGCUCGACCGCUACAUGGCCGUGCGCAGCUUGGUGAAGGGCGUGUGGGAACCGAACGGCUGGUUCUGUCUCACGUGCGGCGUGCUGAUCUGGGGCCUGGCCGCGGGCAUUGCCAGCCCGAUGCUAACGCUGUACGAGAUGUACGACAUCGUGGUGCUGACGACGGACCCGCAGCAACCGCACGAGAUCGUCACCGGCUACUACAUGGCGACGAUCUGUGCGACGGACAAGAGCAAGAACAGCUACUACUUCGUGAUCGUGUUUGUGGUGAUCUUUCUCCCGCUGCUCGGUGCGUUCUGCUGGCUCAACGGUGUGAUUGCGAAAGCGUUCUGGGUCCGGCGGAAGCCGAUCGGGGUGCCGAGCGGGACGGCCAAGUGCACCGCCACCAGCACGUCCGGUGAGAGUGGCAGCGACCGGAAGGCAACGCUUACCACCAAUGUGGCCACCUUGCAGCCGAUUGUGGAACGGCGCACGCCAGCCUCGGUGUUUACUUCCAACUGUACCUGUCCGCACCACAACACCACGGCCAUCGUUGGAGAGCCGGCGACGCACAGCGACACACCUGCCCGGUCACCUUCAACGCAGCGACCCGCCCAAGGCCAUCAUCCGAGUGAAGCGAUUUCUAACCGGCGCCGGCGCCAGAUACACAUGUUCAAGGCCAUCGUCGUGCUGAUGCUGGUGUUCUUUGUGUGUCGCCUGCCGAUGUGGGUGUUUCUGCUGGUUAAAAUGGUCGGCGAGGCGAACACGGGCGCCUACUGGAAUCUGCACUACUCCUUCGGCAUCCUGGCGAUGGUGAACGCCGUCCUCAAUCCGCUGAUGUACACGUUUCUCACGGAAACGAUUCGCUUCACCCUGUUCGUGAAAGCGCAUUGCAUGCGCGCUUGUGUGCAACCGUGCCGGAGUGGGUUGCAGCGCGUGAGGGAUGGUGGUGCUGGAGGCUUUGGGUUUAGAAGAAACCGUGACGCGAAAGAGCGGGACAGCAAUGGUAGUGACAAUGAUCCACGCCAUGCCGGAAUUUACAUGGGCGAUUGAGGGAAGAAUUGAGGCUUGGAAAUGUAAAAUUUGUACAAAUUUGUUAGUGUUGUGACAUAGCUUAAUUAAACAAAAAAACAUGUUAUUGGAACUUUUCAAUUCAUCGCUCAACCCAACGAUCACCGACGAUCUGGACGGCACGCGGGACAAACCAACCCGAUCGCUCUCACGCAUCAAACGAGCACGAGCAAACGAUGCUCACUCUCUUUCUCUCGCUUUCACGAAGGCUCCAUUGCGUUUACGAUUCGCGCGCACGCACAGGCACACACUCUCCGCCGAAGGUUGAUAUGCGCUCUAGCCGCGAUCCACAUUGGAUCACCUCUUGAUCUAUGUCCAGGAGCGUCAAACAUUAAGACAAAAAUGAAAUGCUAAUUAUGUUUAAGCAAUAAAAUAAACAUAAUAUACAAUUAAAAAGACAUACUGAGGGAAAAAUGUUUUGAAACGACACAACUUAAAUUCUAUAUUCAGCGGUAUCUUACCGCGGUAAAGCUAGUUUUAUCGUUAUGAUUGCUGCUGUUCACAUAGGUGCAGCUCAUUGUGAGCGAUCGUUGCGACACGAUUGCACCAGUUUCAGCUCCAUGACUUCUCUAGCAGUGAUGAGGAGUACACUUUUUACUUUUAACUUCAAAUGGUUAGGCAUUUAAUUUCCAUUCCUCAAUUACCUCUUUUAGCUCUCAUAUCUUAUAAUCUGUUCUCUGCGCUUAUUUUCCCAUUCCUUACAUCUAGUUUUUAUGUUAAGUAAACGAUGAUCAAUUUUUGCUGUAUAUUGAUAGUUUUUUUAAUAAUAAAAUGCCGCAGAACAAUACAAUUUCUGGUCUAAUAGGCCACGUUGGACCAACAAAAAAGCCGAAUACGGUACUGAAAACAUAAAAAAUAGUAUAAAGUUAUGAUUAGUUUUCUCACCAUACCAAAGAGUGAGUAAAGGUUCAUGAGCAAUAAUCAAAUCGUUUCGAACUAAUUAGGUCAGAAACG